AUGCCUAAAGCGGUGGCCACAGGGGGAACUAAUCCCGACAGGUUGAGCGAUUUGCCCGACGAAGUUCUGCACUUCAUUCUCUCCUGCGUGGACUCCGAGUCGGCGGUUCGAAGCGGCAUUUUGUCGAACAGGUGGAGAUCACUCUGGAAAACGGUUCCCGUCCUCAAUUUCGACGGCGAAUCCUUCAACGACGACGGACAGAGCUUCAAGCGCCAUGUGGACAGAUUUCUGUAUCUCCGUUCCACCACUUUGCACGAGGUCCGACGUAUAUCGGUCCUCAAUUGCCCUGGAUUUGACGAGAGAUCCGACGUCUUGACCGCUCUUUUCCUGUCGAUCUCCCGUUGCGGCCCAUCCUUGGAGACUCUGAACUUGCAAACAGUCCGGCUUUACACCAUGGCUUUUGCUGUGCCCUGUUCUGUUUUCAAAGUGCUCACAACUUUGACUUUGGUCGACUGCUGCUUCGACUUCUCCUGCUGGUACCAGCAGGGUGACCCUUUUGCUGGUUUCCCCGCGUUGAAGAAUUUGAAGCUGAUUUCUUGCAGCUGCUGCCUUGAUGAUGAAGAUGAUCCUGAUGACGACGGGAAGUGCCUGGAAGUCUACGGACCCGAGCUGCUUAGUCUGGAGAUUCAUGCCCCUUUCGGUUUCGACCAAAUCGAAGUUUCUGCUCCGAAGCUCGAAUCGUUUACUUACAGGGUUGUGAUUCCUGACUUUUCUCCAGUAAUUCAAGUGUACUUGGAUGUUCCUUCUUUACAGCAUGCUGAUAUAAUGUUGUGGGGUUAUGCGGAUUUGGAUUAUGAGUAUGCCAAGGAAGAGGCAAACGAGCAGUUUUCAGACAUGCUCCUAUGCCUCGGUGGUGUCGAAACUCUCUCCCUGCAAUUCGAUACACUUGAGGCACUGAUCAAUGCUUGUGGCUUGAUGAAGAAUCAGCCAUCGCCGUUUACAAGACUCAAGUCCUUGAAAUUGCUUUAUUCUGAGGGAAAUGUUGGCAUACCUCGCGAUGUGAUGCACUUCUUUGUUGAUGGUUCUCCUUUCAUGGAUGAAAACGCUGUGAAGCUAACUAAGGUUGCUACUUCCUCAUUCCCGUACAAUCUGCGAGCUUAA